AAGAGUCGGUUUAUCCAAACACUAAGAUAUAUUCUUACUGCUUACCGCAAUACUGGUUACUCUCAGAUCGAUCUCGAUUCUCGAAUACUGUUUUCAAUCUUUCAAAAAUUUUGCAUUAUUUUUACGAUGGCCGACGCAACAGAUUCCGUCUCAUCCACCACCAACGCUGUAGAGGCCCCGGAGGCGAAGUCUGAGACCAAGCAAUCGACGGCGGCGGCUGAGCCGAAGCGUUUGUGGGGGGACGAAGUAGACGAUUCCUCGGACGAGGAGCCAAGCGCCUCAACGGCAUCCGAAGAUAAGGUCGUCUCAGAGCUCAACGUUGGGGAAUUAAGGAUUGAAGACGAGGAGAAGAUCAAUACGUUUCUCGAUGAGCCUGAAGACUCGAACGUCACAGCAGUUACAUCUGAUAAAACACCAUAUACGUCAGCAAAGACAUUUGAAGAUUUGAAUUUGUCCCCAGAGCUGCUGAAGGGUAUCUAUGUAGAGAUGAAGUUUCAGAAGCCUAGUAAGAUUCAAGCCAUCAGCUUGCCAAUGAUAUUGACUCCUCCAUACAAAGAUUUGAUCGCUCAGGCACAUAAUGGCUCUGGUAAAACCACCUGUUUUGCACUUGGAAUGUUGAGUCGUGUUGAUCCGAAAUUGAAGGCUCCUCAGGCACUCUGCAUUUGUCCUACCAGAGAAUUGGCUAUUCAGAAUUUGCAAGUUGUCUCCAAAAUGGCAACGUACACCGGGAUAAGCUCGGAAUGUGCUGUGCCUGAAGAGUUUACAGCUUCAAGAUCACGAGCUCCUGUGAUGACACAAAUAAUUAUUGGCACACCUGGUACAAUCAAGAAAUGGAUGACAAUUGGGAAAUUGAGCUUAAGGUUUAUGAAGAUUCUUGUUUUUGAUGAGGCUGAUCACAUGCUGGAUGCGGAUGGUUUUAGAGAUGAUUCCUUGAGAAUAAUGAGGGAAAUCAGAAAAAGCAGUCCUCACUGCCAGGUUCUUCUGUUUUCCGCCACAUUCAGCGACAGUGUCAGGAACUUUGUAACAAGGAUAGUCGAAGAUUACAAUCAACUGUUUGUGAAGAAGGAAGAACUAUCGUUAGAUGCAGUAAAGCAGUAUAAGGUAUACUGUCCCGAUGAACUUGCGAAAGUCAUGGUCAUUAGAGAUCGGAUAUUUGAGCUAGGAGAAAAUAUGGGACAGACAAUCAUAUUCACAAGUACAAAACUUGGUGCCAGCGCUUUGCACAAGGCACUUGUUGAGCUUGGUUAUGAUGUUAGUACGAUCCAAGGUGGUCUUGACAUGAGUGCACGUGACAAAAUAGUCAAAGAGUUUAAGGAUGGUUUAACUCAAGUUCUUAUAUCAACUGAUGUUCUUGCCCGAGGUUUUGACCAGCAGCAGGUUAAUGUGGUUAUCAAUUAUGAUCUUCCUAAGAAGCAUGGUAUGCGCUUAGAGCCUGAUUAUGAGGUGUACUUGCAUAGGGUUGGUAGAGCAGGGCGAUUUGGCCGCAAAGGAGCUGUCUUCAAUUUGGUUACUGCGGCUGAGAAAGCUUUAAUGGAAAAAAUUGAGAAGCAUUUUGGGAGCCAAGUUAUGGAGGUUCCACCCUCGAAUAGUGAGGACGACUUCAAGGCUGCUCUCAAAGCUGCUGGUUUAUUGUGAUAAUCCAAAUUUUGAGAACUUCAUGGGGUACUCACGAGGCUUACUGGAAUAGUGUGAUGAGGCUUUUCAUUCUCACCAAGGAGCCGGUGGACUUAAAGGGUGCUCCAAAAGGCUGUUGAUUUGCUGCAGUAAUCUAUGUGAUCUCUUUUCUACUGUUACUUAGGGGGGGUUGAGGGAAGAAGUUAAUAUGACCCUAUUGUACCAGUCUAACAUACAUGAUUCUGAGUGCUUGCUCUUGUGAAUGGGUUUUGUCUUCCUUACUGUUGGUUGGCAGUGUUGUUUUGAAUUGGAUGCCUACAUUUCUCUCGAGCAUCUGAAGGAGUCUGCUUUUGUACCAUGUUAACCAUUAAUAUCCCGGUUACAAGCGCAGGUUUUGAUGCAUGUAGUAGUGUUUGACAUCAAUGGCCUUGUCAUAAAAUCAUUAUGAAAUGUUUUUUUUUUUCUUUUCCAAA